AUGGACUCCAGUAGUCCAGCAGUCGAGUGGUGGGAUAUAUAUAUAUAUUGUAUUCAUCGAUUAUUUACUAAUAAAACAUGCAAUGUCGUAAUUCUCAAAUCGUUGACAUUCUCAUUAUUUUUAAGCCGAAAAAUUUCAGCAAUGUUUCUUUUUAUUUGUAUGUUUUUAUUAUUUUCUUCUUCUUAUAUACAAUGUUUGGAACUCCACUUAACGACAUCUGACGAGGGUUAUGUGACGGUGAUUCAGGGUUUUGCAGCAAGACUUGAAUGCACACUCAGUACGUGUGUUCGGCAUGCAGCUACAGUGGUUUGGUUCAAAGAUGAUAUACCACUUUUUAAUGCCACGAAUUUCUUGGCGAGUUCUGGAGUCGAUCCAAAUACUGUCCUAUUGCAACAUAGAGUUGAAUACGAUCGAGAAAAAGAUUGUGCGAGUUCAUGUUCCGAUUCGAAAUUAUGUGAAGAUGGUUCACAUUGUCUCGAUAAUCGAUGCUGUCCAUGUACAUCAGAGGAAUUUACGCUUGUGCUAAAGAAUUUAACGUUUGAUGAUGCUGAAAGUGGGCUUAAAGGUGGAUUUCAUGAAAAUAUUAGUUAUGAUUAUAGUGAAUGUUGCGAAAAAAAAGGCAUUUCGCCGCUAUGUAAAGCUAUGUGUAAACCAAAGGAUAUGCAUAUUCAUUAUUUCGAUCCAACGAGUUGUAAAACGGAUGACUAUAAAAACUUUUUAUCAUGCGCAACUGAAGGAGGUAAUCGAAGUCAUGUGCAGUGCUGUAAAACUCAAUUAGUACCAUCGUUUUGUUAUGAUUUUUGUUCAGGAAAUUUUCAAAUGCUUCGAAAAUCUCAUCGACUUUGUCUUUAUUAUUUACCCGAAAUUUUCGAAUGUUACAAUCGAGCUUAUUUGCCAUAUCCUGACCAUCCACUUGAUCUUAUUGUAAAUGCUAUUGGUUCUGAUGAACUAAAAGUAUGUUGGCAACCUCCUCAACCUCAUGGAAUGCCAUUACUUUCUGGUGAUUACGAGGAACCAAAUGUAGGUACAGACGAAGAGUUCGCCGAUAGCACAACGUUAGCACCAAUAAGUGUAAAAUUGAGAAGAAAACGUCAGACAUGGCUAUUUGUGACGCAUGAUUCUACAACAAAUGAUUCAACCGUUAGAGAAUUUAAAUUUGAAGAGGUGAAUACAACUGAAACUUGUCUUACUUUAAAAGAUUUGCGUUCAGCGACGCGUUAUAUUGUUUAUGUAACUGCAUCGAAUAAAUUUGGUAUGUCUGUUCCAUCAACUCGAGCUCUUGCGACAACUAAUGCGAUAGCGUCUUCAUCGAAUACAUCGUUACCUGAAAUCGAACGUAUCUCUUCUAUUCUUGAUCGUUUUAAUACGAAUAAAAAAAAGAAGAAUCGGCUGGAAACAAGAAUUUGUGCAAAAUUUUCAGACUGUUGCACAAAGAAUGGCGCAUCUCCAUAUUGCGUGUCCAAAAUGUGUAAUAUAAAGAGUAUGCCAAAUGCACUUGAAACAAUUGCCAUAUCAACGUCAUGCCGUUCCGAAUGGUCGAAGGUAAGUCCUUGCCUCGCAGAUGGCCGAAAUCAUACGGAUUGUUGUAUCAGAAAAGGUGUUCAACACGACUGCCUCAAAAUCUGUGGCGGUCUUCCUGAAGCGCUAUCUGUACAUUCGCUUCUCUGCUUAAAUUUGGAUAUUCCUGCUAUUUAUCAGUGUCUUCGUCAAGGAUACGAGACUCGUCCAUCGCCACCUGUGAAUGUAACGGUGAACGUAUUCGACGAUUCGGUGGAAAUCGAGUGGCAAGAGCCAGAAUCGAAUGCUCAUCUUGUUGAAUCCUUUUCUCUCUUUCUCGUUAAGAAUAGCCGUGGUGCUGAAAUUAUUGAAAUUCAUAAUGUUACUUCACCGCACACAGAAUAUGGUUUGGAUCCCGACAGUGAAUACACCGUAUAUUUACAAAGCCAUAGUAGCGCAGGUGAUAGUUUGUAUUCGACAUCGCAGAUAUUUUUCACAAAUCCAUACGAUUCUGCAAUUUGCAAGACUGGAAAGCCUCUCUAUGAUCCCAAUGGCCAUAAGUAUAACUGUGUUCCUGGCAUUCGUGAAUGUCCCAUAUCGUAUGAAUGUAUUGUGGCAAAAAAUUCCGAUGUUGACACCUAUUGCUGCCCGAAAUCUGUAAAUGAGGAAUCAACGGUUGAGGAAUGUUGUCGAUCACGAGGAAUUUCACAGAACUGCUUAAAACAUUGUUAUUAUAAUAGUUCGUUAACAGAAGAAUGUUCGGAAUUUUCCGAUUUUUGGGUUCAAUGUGCGUCAGAUGGACAUGAUCAUAGCAAAUGUUGUAUAGAAUUUGAUUUGCCAAGUGAUUGCAUGGAUGCAUGCAGACAUCCUUUUGUUCUAAAGAAGGAAUGCAUAUCACAUGCGCCACUACUUUCGAAAUGUUAUUUUGCUAGAUAUUUAAGUAUUCCGAAAGUAGUUUCGAAUUUGGAAGUUGUUUCUCGUAAUAUUUCAUCUGUUCUGUUAUCGUGGGAUUUAUCAUCCGAUGCAUCCGUUCAACAAUAUGAAGUGCAACUUUUUAAGCAAGGAAGCUUAUAUAAAAAGGCUAAUACUUCGACCAAUUCAUAUCAAUUCGAUAAUCUUGAAUCGGGCACGAACUAUACAGCUCACAUAAUUUCAUAUAGUAAAUCUGCUUCAAGUCCACCAUCACUUAGCAUUGCUUUCCAAACUUUAACAGAUAAUGCAAAUAUCUUGGUUCCAACAACUCCAGUUUCUUCUUGGACAACGGUGACAACAAACGAUAAAUGGUACGUUAUGGAGGAUUUAUUCUUGGACAAACUUUAUGAAGUUUAUGUUGUUGCAAGUGAUGGUCGUGUUACUAGUCGAAGCUCAUCAGUUAUAACAAUACUUGCAGCUCCAGAUGAAUUAUCUCUUCCUGAGCCGGUGAUAAUAAUUGAUCCGAAUUACACAAAUAGGACGUAUUUUAUUGGACAACAAAUUGGUUUAAAAUGUUCUGUUAAUAGUCGAAAUGCAUUAAAUUUGGAUCUUAUUGUUGGAACCAAAAUGUACCAUAAUAAUCCACCAAGUAUGACAAUCGAAACAUCAAUUACCAUUGAUGAAAAAGUUAAUGGGAUUACGUGCAUAGUUAUGGAUACAGAUGGGCGACAGAAUCGUGCCUACGCUCAUAUUUUUGUCCAAUUUGGUCCCGAAGUUACGAUGCCUGUUCAACAAAUUAAUGCGUAUGACGAUCUUUCGGCAGAAAUCCACUGUACUAUAAAAGCUUAUCCGGAGCCUAAUGUUAUUUGGACGUAUCGCCAGAGUCAAAAUUCUCUAUCUAUGCAAACCAUUAAUGGUCCAGUUUUUAUGAAAAAACUUUCCAAUAAUGAAUACGAUUUCGUUCUUUUUAUCAAAAAUGUAACUGGUCGCAAUGGUUUUUAUUCUUGCCGUUCCAAAGGUUUUGGUGAUGUAAUAGUGUCAAAAGAAGCAGAAUUGGUGGUAUCAAAAGCAGACCUUCCGUUAUCACCUCGUUUUGUUCUUCAGUGUUGUGUCGAUGCACAAAUAUCAGAUAAUUGCUUAAAAGCAUGUUCGGUUAAUCCAGAAUUUAUUGAUGAUGACUGUUCGGUUCAUUCAAAUGCACUAAUUGAAUGUGCAAAAGAUGGACGUGAUCAUCGCCGAUGUUGCAUGGAUUUCAAUAUUCCAUCUGAAUGUCUUGGUUUAUGUAGUAGUAAUAGCAAAAUAGAUCUUCCACAUUGCUCUAUGUUUGCUGCAAAAGCCGUUGCAUGUAUGAUUCGUGGUCAUGAAAGUGCACCGCCUGCACCUGGACCAAUUCAUUAUGAAAAUCUAUCUCAUCGAUCUAUAAAGGUUUAUUCUCUCAAUCCUUUCUUUUUAUUAUUCUUACAUAAAACACAUUAUGCAAGUAGCAAAGUGGUAACGAGUGGCAUAAAAGCAGAAGAAUUUAAAGCAGUUUAUAGGAUCCACUGGAACGAAGCUGAACCAGGCUCAUAUAAAGUCUAUGCUGUUUAUUAUCGGCCAGAAAAUAGUGACGAUGAUUUUAUCGUAAAGAAGACAACUGAUAAUGAAAUGAUUAUUGAUGAUCUCGAGCCGAACACAAAUUAUGAUCUUGCAUUGCUGAAUAUUUCAGAAUAUUCACGCAGUCGAUCGAGCUUAGUACUACCACUUUGCUUCAUUUUAAUCGUUCUACUUAUCGCAAUCGUUGGCAUUUUAUAUACAUCACGUAUAAUAACUUUGCCGCAAAUGUUUCGCCGUUGGCAAAGAAGUCCACUCACGGAUCGCGAUCCAAGUGUUGCUUUUGAAAAUCCUGGCUACGGUACAGAGGUGCAAAUUCGUGGAUUGUCUUCUCAUAGUGCUGGUGGUGGUGGUGGUGCUGGUGAAAUCGAUUGGCAAAAUGCUGAACUAGAAAUCGCCAAUAAUGCAAUCUCAAGGGAAUCGACCAAUAAUGGAAUGCGUUAUGCAAAAUUGAAUUCUUCAUAA